AUGUCUAUCGGCGAGCUCAACUCUCCUACGACCUUGUCGGUGUGCAAGAACGCGCAGCAGCUUCACCCGCUCAGCACGCCCAUGGGUGAGCCGGGCAAGGAGGUCGGCCAGAUCGACGACGUCUUCUCGACGCACUGGGAGAAGGAGAAGCCGAUCAGCUGCGGGUUCUUCACGGUCAAGGCGGGCACGCCGUUCACGUACACAUAUGGGUAUGACGAGCUCAAGCUCGUCGUCGAAGGCACCCUGAUCCUCGAAGACAAGGUGGCAGGCGUCAGGAUCGAGGCGCACCCGGGCGACACGCUGUCGAUCCCCAAGGGCACGCCCGUGACCUUCUCCUCUCCCAACUUCGCCAAGGCGUUCUACGUCGGGCAGCGGGCGUACCGGGACUGGUAG